AUGGGAGAACAUCAGCAGCCGAGCGCGGAGCGGCGCGGCGCCGGCUGGGCGCCCUGGUCCACGUGGAGCGCCUGCUCACGCACCUGUGACGGCGGCGUCGCCUCGUCGCUGCGCCGCUGCCAGGCCGCCGCCGGCUGCGUCGGCGAGUCCAUCCGCUACAAGAUAUGCAACAUGCAGGCGUGCCCCGAGCCGGGCGACUUCCGCGCGCAGCAGUGCGCCUCGUUCGACAAGGAGCCGUGGAGGGGCGCCGAGCUGCGCUGGUUGCCGCACCAGCAGGAGGCGGCGCCGUGCGCGCUCACGUGCCGCGCGACGCGGCCCGACGGCUCGCACGUGGUCGCCACGCUGGCGGCCCGCGUGCAGGACGGCACGCGCUGCCGCUCCGGCUCGCUCGACAUGUGCAUCAGUGGCCAGUGCCAGCGCGUCGGCUGCGACCUGCGCAUCGGCUCGUCGAAGCGCGUCGACGCGUGCGGCGUGUGCGGCGGCGACGGCUCCUCGUGCGCCAAGCCGCUCUUCCACUGGGAGCACGCCUCGGCCUCGCUCUGCUCGGCGCCCUGCGGCGGCGGGCGCAAGAUGUCUCGCCCGGUGUGCCGGAACCGUGUGACGGGCGCAGAGGCGGACGAGAAGCUGUGCAACGCCUCCCAGAAGCCGCCGCGCCUCUUCCUCAGCUGCAACGCGCACCGCUGCCCGGCAAAGUGGGUGCCCGACCCCUGGGGACCCUGCUCUGCGACCUGCGGCAGCGGCCACCGGCGGCGAGGCCUGCGCUGCCUGCAGCAGGAGGGCAACGGCAGCCUCACGCUGGUUCCUGAGUUGGAGUGCCGCGGCCCGUCGCCACACCAAGAGGAGAGCUGCAAGGCCGCCGACUGCCCCACCUGGAGGGCCACGCCCUGGUCUCCCGUGAGUGCCGCCCCCUUUUACUGCUGCCGCCUGCCCAGCGCAUUAUGUUCGGCGACGUGCGGUGCGGGCGUGCAGACGCGCGCCAUAACGUGCGGCGACGCGGCGUCGCCGGCGCCCCCGGCGCUCUGCGACACGGCGACGCGCCCCGUCCAGAAGCAGGCCUGCCACUCCGGCGUCGUCUGCCCCGGGCCCGUCUACCGCACAGGAGAAGAAGAGGAGGCGCUUCCGGGACAGGACCACACGCAGCCCUUGGUGCAACCGUAUCCGCCCACGGACGGCAGCUUCAUGGCAGGAAAAUGGGGCCCUUGCAGUGUAACUUGUGGUAUUGGAAUUCGCACGCGUGAUGUAUACUGCAGAAUAUAUUUGGAAUUCUCAAAAGCUUAUGCCAAGAUGCCUGAUGAAAACUGCCAAGGACCAAAGCCAUCAGAGUUUGAAAAAUGUAAAAUGCAGCCUUGUGAAGAUCAGAGGCUGGAAUAUGAACAACAUUAUGAAAAGGGAAGUGGGAUGUAUCCAGACAUAAAAGUGAAGGUUGCUCCUGGAUCGUCUGGGCCAUAUUCGUGGAAGUCACAAGGCUUCACUCACUGCAGCGCUUCCUGCUUAGGAGGUGUCCAAGAAUCCUUGAUAUCCUGUGUACAAGACAACAAUCAAAAGACAGUGAGUCCGUAUUUGUGUGACAAAGAAACCAGACCAGAAGUACUGAUACGAACAUGUAAUGAUCACCCUUGUCCUCCACGGUGGAACUAUUCUGACUUUCAGCCUUGUUCAAAGCCAUGUGGCAUUGGAAUAAGGACAAGAGAAGUUAUGUGCAUACAUGAAGUCACAAGAGGUGGAGGAAACACUGUGAUAGUGCCUAACAACAUGUGCCCACAACCACCUCCUCCAGACAGGCAAUACUGCAAUGUCUUAGACUGCCCAGUGAAGUGGCACACAAAACCAUGGUCUAAGUGCUCGAAACCUUGUGGUGGGGGUAUAAAAACAAGAGAAGUUGAGUGCCUGCAAGUAAUGGCCCAGAACCAUAUAGUGCCACGUCCUACAUCACAAUGUCCUGCAUCUAAACCAGCUGACAAGAAGCCAUGUAACACUAAAGCUUGUUCUACACAUUCUGAUCGACCAAUUAUUGAUACUGAAAACAAAACUUUUAUCCAAAAGAACUCAAAUGACAAGAAAGUAAGUUUGAAGAUAGGAGGACAAGCAGUGGUGUUUGCAGGUGUUCAGGUGAAGAUAAGAUGCCCUGUUAGAAGAUUUAACAGAACGAAGAUCCAAUGGGAAAAAAAUAAUACACAGAUAGUAAACUCAAAGAAAUUUAAAAUAACAAAGAAAGGAGCAUUGAGGAUUCAGAACUUAAAUUUCAGAGACAAUGGAAAAUAUAGUUGUAUUGCUGGAUUAUCCAGGGCAGAUCUCUUCCUUUCUGUAAAGCAGCCUCUAGUGACAAGUUCAGAAGAACUGGAAAGGCAUUCACAUAAUCGUUUGCAGCAACAGAUGCCUAUGAACGAUAAGAACAUACAGAUGACAGGAGCAAGACGGGACCUUUUCUCACAAGACUUGAGCCAUGAGACACAACCAGAAGGUCAAAUGAAGCUAGGACGAACAUGGGCAUCCCAAUCAAGUUCAUCUACUCUUCAGCCUUCCCUUUCAUCACCAGAACCUCCAGGAGUUAAGUUGGGUGAGUUCAGUGCACCAACUAGUUCACCUGGCUCACUGGAGGAUCACAGUCCACAACUGUCAUCUGCAAGUUCAGGAAGUUCAAGAGCGGGUGUCCCUGCAAUGCCACAUUUCCAGCAACUGCUAGAAGGUUUGCAGGAAUUUUUACCUUUCCAGGCUUUCAGCAGCGCCAGGGGACUUCGAACAAUUCCAGAAACUGCUGUAACAUCAUUUGGAACUAAAAGACAAAACGAGGAAGAGGAAGAAUAUGGUGACGAUUAUUUUGAAUAUGACAAUGAGAAUCCUGUGUUUCAACUGGGAGAGCAGGAUAACAUUACUGAAGAGUCAACAGAGGAGCCAGUUAUCUCUCUCAGAGAAAAUUUAAAAUUUGACUGGAUGAUCACAGAGUGGUCCAAAUGUUCACAGACAUGUGGCAAUGGUGGAUUUCAGGUACGAGCUGCUCACUGCAUGCUUCAUGUUAAUGGAAGCACCCAGAGUGUUGAGAAUAGGCUGUGUGAGGAUGCGGGACUGCCAGUUCCUCCAACAAUGCAAAACUGUGGACUGGAAUUCUGUCCACAUUGGACAGCAGGAAACUGGUCACUCUGUGAGGAAUCUAGGUGCUUUACGUGGAACACAGCUAUGCAGCGCAGAGAUGUUACAUGUUUGCUGAGUAAUGGAACAGAAGUUAAUGGCUUGUGCAAUGAAUCAGAAAAACCUCCAGUAAGACAAGAGUGCUAUAAUGAUAAGUGUAAAGGAACAUGGAAAGUGGGAGAGUGGUCUGAAUGUACUGCACCAUGUGAGAUGCAAGGUAUAAAAUAUCGCAUUCUGCAGUGUGUGUGGUAUGGAACUAAGAAACCAGCAGGCAAUGCAUGCCGUGAACAGCCUCGACCACCAGUCAUGAAAGUUUGCAUGGGACCUCCUUGUGCUCAAGUGUUAGAAUGCAAGGAUCAGUCAAAAUACUGUCAGAUAGUGAGAACCAUGAAAGUGUGUGGUAUGUACCAAUACCAGUAUCAGUGUUGUCAGUCCUGCCGCAGUAAAGGUUAAUCUGGCAGAUUCAGUCAACUGUUUCUGCAAGAAGAGGGAAAACAUCUGUGUAUCACUAAAGUUAAACAAAAGCAAGAUACAGACUGCGUACUACACAGUGAUGAUAUUCCUCUUUGAAAGAUGUAAAUAUUCUUGGGCAUUGGUAGUAGUGAUGUGGUCUCAGAAUUCUGUGUGUGAUUUUUUUUUUUAACAGUGUGCUAAUGUUCUGCUUUUACCUUCAUAUGAAACACCAUACUUUUGUGCUAUGUUUAUACCAACAUGUUUACACAUGGCUACAUUUCCUCUGUAUAAAUGAUCAAAACUUGUAAUAUUUCCAUGUGAACUUUAGUUGUGGACAUUGGAAUAUGUGCUAUAGCGUGUGAAAAUUUACCACAGUCCAAGUGAAAACAUUUCACAAACAGUAAUGACUUCACCUGAGAGUGUCUUACAUUGGCAAAAUCAGUGAUGUCAGCAAAAUAAAGGAAAAGCUGGCUCUUAAACUGUUGCCAAUAUAUUUGUUUUAAUAUGCCCAUCUUAAAUUUUCAUAUAGCUACACAAGUUGAAAUUCUUGUUCCACAUUCCAAAGAAUUUAUAUUUAUAAGUGUAAAUAAAAUAUCAAGAAAAUAAUGAACAUUGAGACUGUCAGAUUAAUGAAGAUAAAACUAAAUGUGUGAAGUGCAGUGGAUUCUAUAUUUCCUAUUUACAUAAUAAAUCUGAAGUAUCUCUUCAGAAAAUUGCUAUUGUGCUGUCUAACUGAUUUUAUGCUUUGCAUGAGGAAAAAACUAAUCCCAGAGUAAAUAUGGGGCCAUCGUUCAUUUUUGUACACCAAAGGGAAGAUUAAAAAUGCAGAGUUUGUUAUCAUAGAAACUUCUGAUUUAGGACAUAUUCCAGAAUAGUCAUAAGUAUCUGAGUUACUGUAAAUAUUGAUAUUGGAAUA